AUGACCACGGCUAUCUUUGACCACCAUGUCGACCCCAUUCACCAGUCUCAGUUUUUAGCCAAGAGACUCCCCGUCCCUUCGGUCGCCUCCCGUGAUGGCCCCGCCAUUUCCAAGCAGCUCAUUGGCAAUGCCCUCUCCCGACGCGUCGAGGCCGUUGACCAUGAGCUCUGUGAGCCUGGAGAUGAGGAUACCUUCUUCGUAGCUGAUCUUGGCGACGUUUACCGUCAGCACCUGCGCUGGAAGAAGAACCUCCCUCGUGUCCGUCCUUUUUAUGCCGUCAAAUGCAACCCUGACCCUAUGGUCCUCCGCCUCCUCGCUGCGCUCGGUACCGGUUUCGACUGCGCCUCCAAGACCGAGAUUGACCAGGUCCUCGCCAUGGGCUGCUCCCCCAGCCGCAUCAUCUACGCCCAACCUUGCAAGACCAACUCGUACGUCCGCUACGUCAAGGCCGCCGGCGUCCGCCAGAUGACCUUUGACAACACCGACGAGCUCUACAAAAUUGCCAAGCACUUUCCCGAUGCAGAGCUCUACCUGCGCAUCAUUACCGACGACACCUCCUCGGCCUGCCGUCUCAGCAUGAAGUUCGGUGCCCCCAUGGACACCACCGACGGCCUCCUCUCCCUCGCCAAGGAACUCGGUCUCAACGUCGUUGGCGUCAGCUUCCAUGUCGGUUCUGGCUCCUCUGACCCCAUGGCCUAUUACCACGCCGUCAAGGACGCCCACCUCGUCUUCCAGCAGGCUGCCAACCAUGGCUUCCAUCUCCGCACCCUCGACGUCGGCGGAGGCUUCUCCGGCGCCACUUUCGAGGUCAACGCCGCCGUUCUCAGCGGCGCCCUCGACGAGCUCUUCCCGCCCACCAGCAAUGUUGAGAUCAUCGCAGAGCCUGGUCGCUACUAUGUAGCCUCGGCCUUUACCAUUGCAUGCAACGUCAUUGCCCGCCGCACCGUGGACGACCCUGCCACCGGUGUUACCUCGUACAUGAUUUACAUCAACGAUGGCGUCUACGGCAACUUUUCCAACAUUAUGUUUGAUCACCAGCACCCUAUUGCCAAGGUCCUGCGCCGCAACGGCGAGACGGUCUACGACACCGCUCUCGCUGGCCCCGCAGUUGACGGCAUCGAGUACUCAGUCUGGGGUCCUACAUGCGACGGAAUUGACCGCAUCACCGAGAGCACCCAGUUCUCUGACCUCGUCGAUGUUGGCGACUGGCUAUACUUUGAGGACAUGGGAGCCUACACCAAGUGCUCUGCUACCCAGUUCAAUGGCUUCUCCAACGCUCACGAGGUCAUUUACGUGUCCUCCGAGCCGGCCGUCAAUGCUCUCAUUGGCAUCUAG